AUGAGAGAUAGAAUUACUUUAGAAAGCCCGGACCACUACGAUGGUGCUGCUAUCGGUAGAAACGGCAACAAUCAUAACACUGCAAGAACUAUGAUGAUGCCCUGUCAUGUAGAAUUUUCGAUACUAGAUGCUGGCAAACAUAACAAUAGCCACAACCGAUCCGGCUCUUUUUCUUCGUCAUGCACCAAUUCUAUUGAUUUUCUAAUCGAAGGUAUUGAUAUUGAUGACCACUACGAUACAGAACGAAAGUACAGUAGGGAACAAGAACAACAAGAACCAGAUGUAUCCCCAUACUCAUGUGGGAAGACGUUUAUCAUACACAAGCAAUCGAAAGAAGAGACCCUGGGAAUUGAGUUGGGUAAAGCUACCAAGUAUGGUGGUGUGUUUGUGACGAAGAUAGAAGCAAAUUCAAAGUUUGCAUACACAGGUUUGAAACCUGGAAUGCAAAUUCUUUCCAUCAACGAUCGCCCGUGUCCUGUAGAUUUUCGAACGGUAGCAUUCAUUAUGAAAGAAACUGUUGGAGACUUGAAGAUAUCUGCCAUUGACGCUACUAACAAAAAGAACAUGGCGAUGGCCAUUCAAAACAAGCAGGCCCAUCGCCAACGAAAGCAAAACGAAACAAAGCAUCCAGCAACAUCUUCUCAACCACAAACUAUCAACAAGGAAGAAAGUUUUGGUUCCGCUAGGACUUGGAGUCCAGGUACCAGCUACUAUGCCUCGCAACAAUCUGAUCAGCGCGAAACUAGAGAAUCAUCCCACGGAAGGAUUCUCUUUGAAGAACGAUCACCUGCUUCCCCACUGUCAUCAUCUUCCAAGUUGCUGGCCUCUCCACGGGCCUUGGCCACUGGAGGUGCACGUCUAGUAUCCCAUUGGAUGCGCAGCAAGCGGUAUCAAAAGAUAAAAAGUGAUGCCUUGAAAAAGUCGAGUGGUAAAAGCAGCCGCCGCUUGACCCGGCGUUCUGCUUCUACAAGAGAAGUACAACGUCGAAUGAUGAUGGAAUCCAAUGGUGUAGACGAUGAUGAGUGCUCCACAGAUGGACUUUUGGAAAGGAUUCCUUCUGCAUUGGCUUUGCAUGAUAUCGUACAGGAAGGGCUGGAAGAAAGGGCUCCAGCAAAGGAGACACUCUUGUCAAACGCUACAGCGUUCAACAAUUUCACGCAAACGGACUAUGAAGCCGGGACGCUGAGCGAAAUUUGA